AUGCCCGUCGCUAUUGUCACCGGCGCUUCAAGAGGGAUUGGGAGGGCCAUCGCUCUCCGACUUGCCGAGGAUGGCAUGGACGUUGCGAUCAAUGACCUCGAAAAGCAAGCUCCGCUUCUCGAAAAGGUCCGGGAAGAGAUCGAGCAGAAAGGGCGAAAAUGUCUCUGCUUCGUCACCGAUAUCACCAAUGAAAGUCAAGUCCGACAGAUGGUGAAAGAGACGGUCGACUCUCUGGGCCCCCUUACGACCAUGGUUGCCAACGCCGGGAUCAUCAUCCCCAAGUCAAUGAUGGACACUAACUUGGACGACUUCAGUCUCAUUCUCAACCCAGCCCGACAAAUGAUUGCACAAGGCACAGGGGGCCGGAUUAUCGGCGCCGCCUCCCUAGCGGCCCAUCGCCCGGUGAGUAAAAGAACUACAAAGCAAUACGGCAAUUCCGGCUCUCGUGACAGUGUCUCUGAUAUACUCAACCGUCUCUCUCAACAGUCACACGGUUCAACCCCGUAUGCAGCCAGUAAAUGGGCCGUGCGUGGAUUGACUCAGAGUAUGGCCUACGACCUGGCGGAAUAUGAUAUCAAUGUCAAUGCCUAUUGUCCCGGCCCAGUGGACACCCCAAUGUGGGAGCAGAUUGAUGAAGUCAUGGGCAAAGAACAGGGACUCGCCAAGGGUGAAGCGUUUGCGAGAUCAGUCGAAGCUCGAUGCGCGCUGAAGAGACCCUCGGUCCCUGACGACAUCGCCGCCUUGGUGAGCUUCCUGGCCGGACCGGGUUCGCGCAACAUCACCGGCCAAGCCCUGAUUGUCGAUGGAGGUAAGCAGUGA